AUGGAUUAUUCUACUGAAGUUGUUAAGGAGGCUGAUUUUAGUGGAAUGUUUCCCAGACUUAGCCAUGAAUUUUAUAUUAUAAGUAGAGAGAAAUUAGGAGAUCCAUUAGAUAAUCGUUUGUCCCAUGCGUGCAAAAAUUUUUGUAACGUCGUAAAAAAUAAUUAUAAUUUUAAUGUAAACUGCAUAAAUCUUGGUCGCUUUUUAAAUUUUAUAAAUCGAUCAAGUGACGACAAUCACAAAAAACAUAGUUGCAGGUAUUUCUUUUACAAACUAAAAUUAGAAUUAAAGCAGAAAAGUAUUGAGUGUGGUGAGAUAAGAUCAUGUUAUGGUACAUUGAUAAAUAUACUACGAAAUGAACUUUUUUUAAAUGGUACUUAUACAUGUAGUCAAUAUAUCGCGGAUCUUGAUGAUGAAGCAUUUCCAAUAUUUAACAAACUGGAUUUAAUAUCUGACUACACUUAUAAAUUAAUUUUAGGUGAUACAUGCUGGGAAGAUAUAAAAUAUGAUAAAUAUAUAAAAGAAUUAACAUCAAGUAAAUAUAUGGAAGACAAACAUUUUUAUGAUGCAUUUGAAACUGUUUUUAAUGACUAUAAGAAAUAUUGCCCGAGAAGUAAUGCAUGGUUACCUCCAUUCGCUCCGAAAAAAAAAGAAGAAUCCAUAAUGAAACCAACACUGUCAGAAACUCCGACAAGUGACAUAUUAGAAAAUAUUUUAUAUGAAGGACCAGGAAAUAUGGUAUUAGAAAGAACAUCUUCAAAACAAAUGUCAGCUAUAGGAGUUGAUUCAGAAGUAAUCAGUGGAUUGUUUAUAACAUUAUUUUUAAUAAUCUCAAUUUUAUUCAUUUUGUAUAAGUAUACAAAUUAUUAUUCAGUUUUACAAUUAUGGAUAAGGAAAGUCAAAACAUGUUCGACAAAAAACAUAUUGAACAUGAUGAUUUCCUUUGAAAGGGAACGCAACAAUUCUGUCUAUGACAGGUUAAAAAUAGCAUAUAAUAUAGAAGACUAUCAGUAA